CAGCUGCUGGUACAAUUGCGGAAAUGACCGUUCUCCCGAAAACGUGACUCCCGAGUCUAUUCUCGCGAGAACGCACGUCCGUUCUCGCCGUCUAUUGAGAAAGGGCCUACAUGCGCAGCAAUAACAGAAAAGCGUCCACUAUGGCUGAGACCCACAGUUUACAGGACCUCCGGCAGCCAGCUGUCUCCUCCAAGGUGUUUGUCCAGAGAGACUACAACUCGGGGACAAUCUCCAAAUUCCAGACCAGGUUUCCCUCUGAGCUUGAGUCAAGGCUUGAUAAGCAGCAGUUUGAGGAAACAAUCAAGACUCUCAACAACUUGUAUGCAGAGGCAGAGAAACUGGGGGGGAAGUCUUAUUUGGAGGGCUGCCUGGCUUGUCUAACGGCCUAUACAAUAUUUCUCUGUAUGGAAACGCACUAUGAAAAGGUGUUAAAGAAGAUUUCUAGGUUCAUCAAGGACCAGAAUGAGAAGAUAUAUGCUCCCAGGGGCUUGCUGUUGACCGACCCCAUAGAGAGAGGCCUCAGAGUCGUUGAAAUUACCAUCUUUGAAGACAGAAGUAUUGGUUCAGGAAGAUAAAGAACUUUGGGCUGGUGACCCUGGCCAGAUACGCAUCAUCUGUCUGGCAGCACAUAUUCAGAUGUCUGUUUCACCUUAAUGGAUGUCCUGUAUAUAAUUGAUCUAAUCCUUUUCUCUAUUUAUAAGUAAUCUACUCUUUCUAUUCUUAUGUUUGGAAAUGUGUUGUCAUGUCUUUUUACACAUGAAGGGAUGAAUGAAACAUGUCCUAGUUAAUCAAGACCGGUCUUUAUGAACUGUGCCAUUGUGUUAAAUGUUUUGACCAUGGUAAAUAUAAGGGAUUUCACUCAUGUAUUCACAAAUAAUUAAGAAUAAGAUUAUGCAUAUAGUCUCCAAGAACGGUUAAAGUUGUUGGCAGUCUGUAAGCGGUAAUCCUGUUCUGGGCAGUGCUCCUCAGUGUUGACAUGCUGGUUGUAGCCUUUGUUGAGGCAGAUGUUUUCUUAUCCGUGCAAGAAUAUGACUUUUCUUUUUUGACGGGGUGGUUGUGCAGUAAUGUCUUGUGAAAUAUGUGCUUGAAAUUUCUGAACUGGAUUUAUGUGACUGAAGAUGAAGCAUGUAUACGGUAAUACCUCCAUCACAAUGUAACAGCAUGACCUGGUAGAUGUUUACCCUGUCAUAGGGCAACACCACUGGAUCUCCAAAGUCACAUUCAAGUCCUGCUGCAGGUUUCUCAUAAGAUGAACCAUCUACAUUGCAAAUGUCAUUCCCUUUCUCACAAAUGCCACAGCAACCUUAAACACUCAACACCACAGAUUAUUGAUUUUGUUGGUGUUUGAUGCAGAUGUUAUACUUUCUUACAGAUGUUCUUUUUUUU